AUGGGAGGGAGCUGGGUGGACGAACUCCCCAACAUGCUGUGGGCGAUCCGCAUGACCCCCAUAGAAGGAAUGGGAGCAACCCCCUUUCACUUGGUGUACGACGGCGAAGCGGUCGGCCCCGUUGAAGUUGGAGUAGAGUUCGAUUGGAUACAACACUAUGACGAGGACAACACCAAGUGGAGACUCCUGGAGCUAGACUUGGUGGACGAGGCACGUGCUAAAGCUGCCAUCCGGCUGAUGGCCUACCGACAGAGGAUGAGGCAGAACUACAAUCAAAGGGUGAUCCCAAGAUCAUUUCAGGUCGGCGGCUUUGUGUGGAAGAAGGUAAAGCCAGUCGACGGCGUCACCAAGUUGGAGGCCCCAUGGGCCGGACCCUUCAUGAUCGUGAAAAAGCUCCGCUCGGGCGCCUACUACCUAGAGGAUGAGGAUGAACGAUGA